AUGGCUCAAAACUCUGCCUCCCAAGACCCCAAUGCCUCCGCCGUUCCCAAGGUGAAGACCGAGAAGGAGUUGGAGCGUGAGCGCAAGAAGGCCGAGAAGGCGAAGAAAUUCGCCGAAAAGAAAGCCAAGGCUGCCAGCCAACCCGCCGCCGAGCCCAAGCCCAAGGCUGAGAAGAAGCCCAAGGUCGAGAAAGAGAAGACCACCGACGCAUACGACCCCAAGGUCAUCGAGGCUGGUCGUCUCGAGUGGUGGGAGGAGCGCGAUCUCUUCAAGCCCGAGUUUGGCCCCGACGGCAAGGUCAAGCCCGAGGGCUCCUUCGUCAUUCCUAUCCCUCCCCCCCAACGUCACCGGUUCUCUACACAUGGGCCAUGCCCUCACCAACGCCCUGCAAGACACGAUGAUCCGCUGGCAGCGUAUGAAGGCGUUGUCGAAAAGAUGCUGUGGAAGAACGAGAAGAAGACCCGUCACGACAUUGGACGCCCCGCCAUGACGAAAUUGAUCUGGGACUGGAAGGAUAUGUACCACGCCAACAUCAAGAACGCCCUACGCAGAGUUGGUGGUUCUUUUGAUUGGUCUCGCGAGGCUUUCACCAUGGACGCUAACCUGUCGGCUGCUGUUACCGAGACCUUCGUUCGUCUUCACGAAGAGGGCAUCAUCUACCGUGCUAACCGUCUUGUUAAUUGGUGUGUCUCUCUGAACACUUCUCUGUCUAACCUCGAAGUCGAGAACAAGGAAAUCGAGGGCCGUACUCUCCUCGACGUGCCCGGCUACGACAAGAAGGUCGAAUUCGGUGUCCUGACCCACUUCUGCUAUGAAAUUGAUGGCUCUAAGGAGCGCAUCGAGAUCGCUACUACUCGUCCCGAGACCAUGGUCGGUGACACUGGUAUUGCCGUUCACCCUACCGACGUUCGUUACAAGCACUUGAUCGGCCAGAACGCUCGCCACCCCUUCGUUGACCGUCUUCUCCCCAUUGUGGCCGAUGAGGCUGUCGAUCCCGAGUUUGGUACUGGUGCCGUCAAGAUCACUCCCGCUCACGAUUUCAACGAUUUCACCCGCGGAAAGGCCCACAACCUGGAGUUCAUCUCCGUCAUGAACGACGAUGGUACCUUCAACAAAAAUGCCGGCUCCUUCGCUGGCCUCAAGCGCUUCGAUGCCCGUUACAAGGUCAUUGAUGCUCUCAAGGAGAAGGGCUUGUACGUCAAGUGGGAGCACAACCCCAUGAAGGUCCCUCGAUGCGCUAAGUCCAACGACGUUAUCGAGCCCAUCCUCAAGCCCCAGUGGUGGAUGAAGAUGGAAAGCCUUGCUGGACCUGCCAUCAAGGCCGUUGAGAACGGCGAUAUCAUCAUUCGCCCCGAGAGUGCUGAGAAGAGCUACUUCCGCUGGAUGCACAACAUCAAUGACUGGUGUCUAUCUCGUCAGCUCUGGUGGGGCCACCAGGCUCCCGCCUACUUCGUCAAGAUCGAUGGCGAAGACAACUCCGAUAGCGAUGGUGACUUCUGGGUGACCGGCCGCACCGAAGAGGAUGCUCGGGUUAAGGCCGAGGCCAAGUUCCCUGGCAAAACCUUCACUCUUGUUCAGGAUCCCGAUGUUCUCGACACCUGGUUCUCUUCCGGCCUCUGGCCUUUCUCCACCCUGGGAUGGCCCCAGAAGACCCACGAUUUCGAGAACCUGUACCCCACUUCUGUCCUGGAGACUGGCUGGGAUAUUCUCUUCUUCUGGGUUGCCCGUAUGAUCAUGCUUGGUAUCAAGCUGACUGGUCAGGUUCCCUUCAAGGAGGUCUACUGCCACUCUUUGAUUCGUGAUUCUGAAGGCCGUAAGAUGUCAAAGUCUCUGGGCAAUGUUGUCGAUCCCAUCGAUGUCAUGGAGGGUAUUCCAUUGCAGACUCUCCAUGACAAGCUUCUCCUUGGUAACCUUGCCGACAAGGAGGUCGCCGCUGCUACUAAGUACCAGAAAAAGGCUUUCCCCAAGGGUAUCCCCGAGUGCGGCGCUGACGCUCUUCGCUUUGCCCUUGUCUCUUACACCACUGGUGGUGGUGAUAUUGCAUUCGAUAUCCAGGUCAUUCACGGAUACCGUCGCUUCUGUAACAAGAUUUACCAGGCUACCAAGUUCGUUCUUGGCAAGCUGGGCGAGGACUUCAAGCCUCAAGCCACUGCAACCAAAACUGGGAAGGAGUCCCUGUCUGAGCGCUGGAUUCUCCACAAGCUCAAUGCUGCUGCCAAGGAGGUCAAUGAAUCCCUCGAGGCCCGUGAGUUCUCCAGCGUCGCCAUUACCACCUACCAGUACUGGUACGGCCAGCUGUGCGAUGUUUUCAUCGAGAACUCCAAGUUCCUCUUGGCCGAGGAUGCUUCCCCCGAGAGCCGAGAGUCUGCCAAGCAGACCUUGUACACUGCUCUCGAUGGCGCUCUGACUCUGAUUCACCCCAUCAUGCCUUUCGUCACCGAGCACCUGUGGCAGCGUCUGCCCCGUCGCCCCGACGACAAGACUGUCUCUAUCAUGACUGCCAGAUUCCCCGAGUUCAAGGAAGAAUUCCACGACCCUGCCGCCGAGACCGCCUACGAGCUUGUACUGAACACCUCCAAGGCCAUUCGUUCCAUUCUUGCUCAGUACGAUGUGAAGACUAAGGGCGAUAUCAUUAUCCAGACCUACGACGCCACCAGCGAGAAGACUAUUGCCGAGCAGAUGACUAGCAUUCAGUCUCUGGGUGGAAAGACCCUGGGCGAGCUGUCCCACCUGGGCCCCGACAACAAGACCCCUCCUUCUGGAUGUGUUGUCGCCGCUGUCGGUGCUGAGGCUGCAGUCUACCUGCGUGUCUCUAAGGAGGUAGCCCUUGAGCAGGAGGAGAAGGCCAAGGCCGGUCUCGAAAAGGCGCAGGAGGCUGUUCGCCGCUCACAAGGCAUCAUGGGCGGCCCUAACUGGAAGGAUAAGGUCAAGCCUGAGGUUCGUGCCGCUGAGGAGAAGCGUCUUCGCGAUGCCGAGAGCGAGGCUGCUCGUCUGGAGGAGCAGAUUAAGGAAUUUGAGAAGCUCCGUUUGGAGUAA